UAAUUGCGAUUAAAAAUUCUAAUCGAUUGACAGCCCUAGAAAAACGUAUAGGCUAUUUAAUAAGCAAUUUAAUACAUGUGCAGAGACCAUUUCACACCCAGUGGUCAAUUCGUUCAGAUGAAUGUCUUCGUUAUUCAACUGGGGGAUGUAUUUCAAUAUUUUGCUUGCAUUUUCAUCACCCCUUCCUGACAACACAAACUGACAACACAAACACAUGGCGGAUUAUUGCAAAUAUGAGGGCUGCUCCGCGGUGUGGAGCUGGAGGCGAGGAGACCCGAGGAGACCCGAAGAGACCCGAGCCGAUUGGUUUCAUGUUAACGUGGUAAUGAGAGCUGCGCUGCGCUGGCCGGCUAUAAAAGCAGCGUGUGUGGGAGAGGACUGUACUGUACCUUCAGUCAGCUGGCCGGUAAGCAUCACACAUCACUGGGAACAGAAAGAGAAACACACACAGCGCAGCCAUGAGUGAGAGACAAGCAUCUGGAGCAACGACUGAAAACAGCAAACCAUCUGCUGGCCAAGGGCCUCAAGGUCAACAAAAGGUUCCACCUAAACAUGAGAAGAACAAGAACAAUCUCCCCGAGGACUUUGACAUCGACAUGGAGAACCCGGAGACGGCGAAGGCCGCCGUGGCCAUCCAGUCGCAGUUCAGGAAAUUCCAGAAAAAGAAGCAGGACGUGAAGUAGGGCGCCGUCAGCUGCGUCGUCACUCGACUGGGCCUGGUCUUGCAUGUCAAUCAAACUGCACCGUCAUGAACUGAAAAGGCAGGGUGGGGUUGGGGGUGGGAUUCCUGAAGGUGGAGGUCGGUUGGUCUGUGGUUAAAUAGUGUCUGUGUGUAAUUACUAAAUUAUAAUGACUAUUAUAUACAAAAAAUUAUACAAAUUCCGUGUGUAUUUAAAUAUUUCCUAUAAUUUAGCUGUUUGUGUUUUUUUACUUCAAUGACACGUCGCAGUGUAGCUGCAGUAGAGCUUAUCGUUGAGCUUUUCUUAUGUCACAAUCAGUGUAAUAUAUCCAUGUUAACACCAAACUAAAAGAAAGUCUUCUCAUAAAUUGUCAAACACUGAUUAUCUUUACUUCAGGGGGAAUAUAAAGCCACAUGCAUUGCUGUGAUUGCCACUCUAACCUGGGCCAUGAUUUCAUCGACAGUCUUAGCAAGGCGAAUGAUUUUCCAGCUCUACUGGAGGUCUGUUAAUGGCAUUUCCCCUCUGGCUGGGUAAAAUGAUCCCAUAGAGUUGCCAGUGCUUUUACGCCGUAUGACUGAUGCUUUCAAAAUCAAAUCAAUGUCUAAUUUGUAUCGGGAUGUCGGAGGUCUCCCCCUCCAUCGCGUCUUUUCGUCUGGUGACAUGAACCUCUGAGCUGUGUCAGACUGUAGAUGUUGUGCUCGUGAUUUGAUUCCAGUUGUGUUUCUUUCCGUGUUCUUGUUCCAACGCGAUUUAAACUGUUCAGUUGGCACACACAUGGAAAUUGUUCGAGCAUAUACGCACUUAUGCAUGCAAGCUUGCACUGACACACAUACACACAGAAAUAAAUAAAGACAUUGUAAAGGAGUGCAAGUUGAUUUACUUUCUACCAAGUUGUUAGGAGUGUUGCAGAGAGAAUAUCUCUGUAAAUUCAAGAGUAUGGUCUAGACCUGCUCUCUAUGAAAAGUGUCAUGUUAUGAUUUGGCGCUAUAUAAAUGAAACUGACUUGACGUUGUCCACUAUACUAUACACAGUAUGUGCAGCAUGUGCAGUAGAUCAUAUUAAAAUGGAUUUAUUACCAUCUA